CGAUUGCAUUAGCAGGCUCUUUUUAUUGUUACCCAAAGGGUUUCAGCCCCAGUGACCUGUCAUCUGUCCCCUCACCUGCUUACAUGCUGAUUCAUUGAUGAGCUGGCAUCACAGUCCCCGCCUCCCCGUGAAUGGUCGGUGAGGUUGCAAGUGCUCCAGGAGAGGGGCUGCUGAGCCGAGCCACAGUGGGUUACUACAAGUGGGAACCGGCUGCCUAUCUGUUGCCACAGAAGAACUUGGUGACCAUCCUGAGAAGCAGCCCCUUCUCCCCAGCCUGUUACUGUUCUGUCCGUACCCGGCUUCUCUAGCUUUUUAAAGGAAUUUCUGAUUCAGGCACUCACAGCUAAUUCCACAGGAGUUGAAAGGCAGCCUGUGACAUAAACUGAGACAGAAGUUUCCCCUCAGAGACUGUCUUUUUUUCUUUUUCUUUUUUUCAUUGGCAAAGACUUCUGGCUCUCAUCAGAGGAAUACCUUGUUGCUUAAGAUGAGUGGCUGUAGAAAGCGGUGUAAACGUGAAAUACUGAAAUUUGCCCAGUAUCUUCUCAGACUAUUAACAGGUUCUCUUCAUACAGACAGCGUGGAAGAUGAACUGGAGAUGGCCACCGUCCGGCAUCGGCCUGAGGCUCUGGAACUUCUGGAAGCCCAGAGCAAAUUUACCAAGAAGGAACUCCAGAUUCUUUACAGAGGAUUUAAGAAUGAAUGUCCCAGUGGUGUUGUUAAUGAAGAAACCUUCAAAGAGAUUUACUCACAGUUCUUUCCACAGGGAGACUCGACAACAUACGCGCAUUUUCUGUUUAAUGCGUUUGAUACGGACCACAAUGGAGCUGUGAGUUUUGAGGAUUUCAUCAAAGGUCUUUCCAUUUUGCUCCGGGGGACAGUUCAAGAAAAACUCAACUGGGCAUUUAACUUGUACGACAUAAAUAAAGAUGGCUACAUCACUAAAGAAGAAAUGCUUGAUAUAAUGAAAGCAAUAUACGAUAUGAUGGGUAAAUGCACAUAUCCUGUCCUCAAGGAAGAUGCUCCUAGACAACAUGUCGAAACAUUUUUCCAGAAAAUGGACAAAAAUAAAGAUGGAGUUGUUACCAUAGAUGAGUUCAUUGAAAGUUGCCAAAAAGAUGAAAACAUAAUGCGCUCCAUGCAGCUCUUUGAAAAUGUGAUUUAAUUUGUCAAAUGCAUCCUCAAUCAAACAGACAAAUGUGAACUAUCCUACCACACUUAAAGUUGGAGCUACCAUUCUUAGCAUAGAUUGCUCAGCUUUACACUGAGGCAUAUGAUGCAAACAAGCUUUGUUUUAAUAUAAAGCAAUCCCCAAAAGAUUUAAGUUUUCCAGUUACAAAUUUGCAUCCUUUUCAUAAUGCCACUGAGUUCAUGGGAUGUUCUAAGUCAUUUCAUAACCUGUGACUAUUCAAAAGUAAUAGAAUUUGGCAUAUAGUUUUAUUGAUUCUUCAGCCAUGGGAUUACUGAGCUUUCACAUUAUCAGUGAUUUUAAAAUAUCAGUGUUUUUUGCUACUCAACUGGAUGUAUUCAGCCCCAGGAUUUUAAAUGGUUUUCUAAAAUAUUGGCAUCUGUGCUUAAUUUCCAGAAAUUAAUUUCCAUGUUUGUAUGCUGUAAUUCCAUUUAUACACUAAGUAAACAAAACAAGAUUACUAUAAUUAAAAACCAAGCACACACACUGUCCCAGUUUCUAUGGAUUUGCUGCCUUCUGUUAAAGAUAUUCAUUUACCUGGCAUUUUUUAUAACAUGAAACAAAUUAGUUCAUCACCAGAUGUCAGCAUAUGCCUAAUAAAGCUUAUUUAAUAAGCAUUUCUUAAUUUUUCAUAAUACAUAUAAUAGCCAAGGCCUACAUAAUGUAUAUAAUUUUGGAUUUGUCCAAACCUAAGGCUGACUGUUUUCUAUUGUGUCAUUAAGUGGAGGUCCCAGAAGGUGGGAAACAAAGCAGUUUAUAGGCACACGCAAAGGGUUAAGAUAUCUGCCCUCUAGUACAUGGUAAUACUUAAUGCCAAGUAAUUCCUAAAAGCAUUGAAGGCCUAUUCCGUCCCCUUUCCCUUGACUCCUUCAAGGUACCUUUCUUUUACAUGCUGUUCAGGGACAGAGAGACCUGGACUACCCCAAUGCCUACAGGGAACAAAGAGCAAGCAGAACUCACUUGAAAACCCUCAGUGAGUCCAUUCUAUCAAGAACUACCAUACCAAAACUUCACUGAAAAUGAAAAUAAAUGCUAAGCAAUUCAUCUGGACUGUAUUAUGAUUUUGCUCAUCAUAAAACUCCAGUAAUUCAGAUUCUUUUUAAUGAUCAGAAGCCAAAAUUGUGAAGUUGCCACAACACUACUAAAGAUACACACACCCUCCCUGUUCUGCAGAAAUCUCACAAAGACCAAGAGGCUACAGUUGGAGGAAAUUUGCAACUGUCUUUGAAACAAUAAAUCAGGUAUCUAUUCUGGUGUAGAGAUAGGAUGUUGAAAGCUGCCCUGCUAUCACCAGUGUAGAAAUUAAGAGUAGUACAAUACAUGUACACUGAAAUUUGCCAUCGCGUGUUUGUGUAAACUCAAUGUGCACAUUUUGUAUUUCAAAAAGAAAAAAUAAAAGCAAAUAAAAUGUUUAUAACUCUACUGUCUAUGUUAUAGGUAUUUAUUCCAAUAAAUUUUAUAAGUACUAGUUUAAAAAUAUUAUGU